AUGGCUGUGUAUGAAUUUUUGAAGGAACCUUCAUCCACCUACGUUUUACUGCUGCUCUUCUUAAUCAGCAAGAUCAUCACUGUAAUAAUUCCAUAUGUUUGUAGAAGCUUCAAAUGUUGGCAUACUACAGAUCCAAUCCCGAUAUGCUGGCCAGUGGUCCGGAUGCUCCCGGCUCUUUUUCACAACUCCCGCCGCCUCCACGAAUUUGCCACCGACAUCCUAAUACUCACCGGCGGCACUUUCAAUAUCAAGGGCCCUUGGUUCACCAACUCGGAUUUGCUCAUCACGUCCGAUCCGGCCAACAUACACCACAUCCUCAGCAGAAACUUUGCCAACUACCCGAAAGGCCCACAAUUCAGGAAGAUAUUCCAAGUUCUUGGAGACGGGAUUUUCAACGCCGAUUCAGAGAUAUGGGAAUAUCACAGGAAGACUACCAUGUCUUUCUUCAAUCAUGCCCAGUUCGGGGAAUUGCUGAUGGAAGUAAGCUGGGCGAAAGUUGAGGCCGGAUUAAUCCCUGUCAUGGAAAACUUCUCAGGCCGAGGUAUAACCGUUGAUUUGCAAGACAUAUUUCAAAGGUUUACUUUCGACACUAUAUGUGUUCUCACUUUAGGCCAUGACCCACAAACACUUUCUAUUGAUUUGCCCGACGAUCCGACCCAGAAGGCUGUAGACAUUAUUGAAGAGGCCAUAUUGUACCGACAUAUAUUGCCCGAGAGUUUAUGGCGGUUGCAAAAAUGGCUCAGAUUUGGAAUGGAACGGAAGCUUGCAGAAGCAUCGACAACGGUUGAUAAUUUCUUCUACUCUUGUAUAGAAAAGUAUAAUAAUCCAAGUCAAUUCAGCGCAAUUGGUCUUUACUCAAAAGUGUACAAGGAAUAUUCAUUAUACUCGUCCUCCAAUGGAAAGAGUUUGGACGUGUUUCUUAGGGACACCUUGUUAAAUCUGAUGGUAGCAGGAAGAGACACCACAAGUUCAGCUCUAAGCUGGUUCUUUUGGCUGUUGGCAAGAAAUCCCCAAGUGGGGAAGAGAAUUCGGGAAGAGAUUGAAGCCAAUUUGAAUAUAUCCAAAGGAGUGAGCUUGAAGGAUUUAAGCAGUCGAGAAUUGGGAGAGCUCGUGUAUCUUCAUGGAGCUUUAUGUGAGACCCUGAGGUUGUUCCCAUCGGUUGCUUUUGAACAUAAAUCGCCGCUACAGCCCGAUGUGCUGCCAAGCGGCGAAAGAGUGAUGCCGAAUACGAUGAUUGUGUUGUCUUUCUACUCGAUGGGGAGGAUGGAGAGUAUAUGGGGGAAGGACUUCAUGGAAUUCAAACCGGAGAGAUGGAUUUCCGACCAUAAUAAGAACAGAAAUCUGCAUGUGCCGUCUUUCAAGUUCCCGGCGUUUAAUGCUGGGCCUAGGACAUGUUUGGGGAAAGAAAUGGCUUUUACACAGAUGAAGAUUGUGGCUUCUGUCAUAUUGCUUCGAUAUGAAAUUCAAGUUGUGGAAGAUCAUCCUGUAAUGCCGGCCUCUUCCAUUGUACUUCAUAUGAAGCAUGGCUUGAAGGUCAGGAUCACCCCAAGGGAUUGACCUCAUGUCGAAUGAAAU